AUGGAGCCCCCGGCCAAGAAGCCGCGGACGGAAGAGGAGGAGGAUGCGCCCAUCGACAAGGCGCCCAGGAUUAAGGAGCUGCCGGCUUUCUUGGUGGAGGACACCACCAUGAACAUCAUGCCCGCCAGCACGGGGAACAUGAUGAUGACUUUGUCGGACAGCGGGCUGCAGUACCUUAUGGCCGGCGCCAAGGCCAACGUGGGCCUGAAAUCCGGGCGCUACAUGUUCGAAGUAAAAGUCCUGGAGAGUAGCACUCCACAUGAAGACCCGGCAGCCCGUAGCCGAAUGCUGGGCCCAAGGAGCCAGCUGCGAAUCGGCGUGUCCACGGCCAGGGCUUCGCUCUUCCUGGGCGAGACCCCGGACUCCGUGUGCUUUGACUCCGAUGGCAGCUGGUUCCGGGACAAGAGAAAGACCUUGUACGUCGCGCAGAAGUUCACGACCGGGGACAUCUUGGCGCUGGUGGUGAACCUGGAUCCCUCCAGCCCUUUCUGCCACACCGUGAGCUUGUUCAAGGACGGCUUUCGUGCCUCGCCACCCCGGCCAUUGCCGGACCAGCUCAAGGGUAAGCCCCUUUACCCGGCCCUCAGCUUCCGGAACAUGGCGCUGCACUACAACUUCGGCCCGGGGCCCUUGGCGCCUCUACCCUUCACUUGCCGCAUGGUCAAGGACGCCUCGCAGCAGGACGCCUCGGUCAAAGUGCCGGAGCCCACCGAGACCCACGAGGUGCUUUUUCCCGUGUGCCUCCCGGACGAAGGUGGCUUCGACUGGCUGGACCAAUUUUUGGAGUCCCACCCCUCCUACACCGAGCUCAGCGACAGAGCUGUGCUGCAGUGGUGCGAGCGCAGCGGCAUCAACCGGCCCAAGGGCUACGGCGCCGCGGCGCGGCAGUGCAACGACAAGCCGGAGAUCGCCUUGGGCAUCCCAUCUCUGGACGACCUCCAGGUGCGCAAGCUGCUGCAGACCCUGGCUAUGAUUCAGAAGCGGAACUUCGUGGUCAUGGAGCUCAAGUCCAACCUCAUGGCGCCGGAGCGAGCGGAGCUGCUGCAGAAGUGGGGCGCCUGGAAGCGGGUGGCGGUGGUGCUGCUCGGGGAGCCCCCCGCCUCCUUCAAGGCCUUCAGCCAGGAGCUGCUGCUGAGAGGCAAGCAGGAGGCCCUGGUGGCGGAGUUCAAGGCCCAGGCGCUGGAGAAGAAGCGGCAAGAGAAGCAGAAGACCCCAGGGGAGGAGACCAAGGGCAAGUCGGUGCAGGACGUGCUGCGGCGGAAGGCGGACUUCGAGCGCCGGAAGCGGGAGGCGGAGCUCCGGGGGGAGGUGUUCGAUGAGAAGGAGGAGGUGGAAGAAGAGGACGACACGGAGAUCUCGCUGGAGAACGUGCCAAAGGCAGAGCUCACGGCGGAAGAGAAGAAGAUCACCUUCCGAAAGCAGGGCGCCAGCGAUUUGACGCCCUACGUGCUGAACAUGAACUUCCAGAAGUUCACGCUUCCCGAGGACGACGAGGAGUUCGAGGAGAUCCGGUGGAUCUGGCAGCCGGAGAAGAAGGCCAAGCAGCACCUCAGCGAAUGGGUGCAGAUGAAGAAGCUCACCUCUCGUCUCGAGGAUCUUCAGCCCGGAGAGUGGUUCAACCUCAAGUGGAAGGACUGGCAGAAGCUGGUGCAGUCGUACCAGGCCAAGCACAACGCCUACAAGGCAGAGGCCAAGAGGAAAACGGGGAAGGAGGGAGAAGAAGGCAAGGAGGAGAUGGACCAGGAUGAGAAGGUGGACUUCGAUCACCUGGACGUCUUCGGGGUGGAGGAUGUCGCGGACGUGGGCUCCGGUCAGCCGCUCUUCGCGGAGUUCACCUUCGAGGAUUGGAGCCUCAUGAGCCUCCGCUACGAGCUGCACCUGAUGGCCCACGCCUUCGCCAAGGACGCCCAGGACGUGGACCGCACCGCGGUGCCGCUGGAGCAUUUGGCCUUCUACUACCAGAAGUACUACAAGAAGGCCUUGAACCCGAAGGCUUUCGGCCUGGAGCAAUUCGAAGAGGUCCUGGACCUGGUGCGAGAUACCGUGCUGGUCACCGGCAAGAGCAAGGUCUUGGAGCCUCAGCUCCCUGAGGACUUGGAGUCCACCAACCUCUUCGUGAUGCUCACCGAGGAGAGCCGCAGGGACCGGAACCGGCGCAUCGACAUGGGGGAGGAGUCGGCCAAGCUGAAGAUCCUGGCCCCCGGGCAGACGCCGAGCUCCGCCCGGCCGGGCUCACUCUCCGCGCAGGUGCUGAACCUGCAGAACCGCGGGCCGAGUGGUCCGAGCCGCAGCUUCCGGCCUUCGGGGUUCGGCAAGGGCGGCUACUGGGACGGCGGCUACAAGGGUGACGGUGGCUACAAGGGCGACGGUGGCUACAAGGGCGACGGUGGCUACAAGGGCGACGGUGGAUACAAGGGCGACGGUGGCUACAAGGGGGAUGGCGGCUACAAAGGCCGCUGGAGCGGCUCCACGGGACAAGCCAGCGACGUGUGCCAGAGCUGCCCGCCCGGCACGGCCUCCGCGCUUCCCGGCGGCUCGGCGCUGGACUCCUGCCUCGCGUGCGUGCCGGGGCGCUGGAGCGCCGCUUCGGGCGCCGACGCCUGCGGCUUUUGCCAGGCCGGGACCUGGAGCGGCACAUCAGGCGCCAGCGAGGACGUGUGCCAGAACUGCAGCGCUGGGCGCUUCAGCGAGGCGUUGGGCGCCAACAGCAGCGAGAGCUGCAUUCCUUGCGGCGCCGGGGUUUGGAGCUUCGCGGGCUCCGCCUGCGCGAACUGCUCCCUGGGCCGCUGGAGCGCCCUGCUCGAGGCGACGGGCCCGGGGAGUUGCUCGGAGUGCGGCCUGGGGCGCUUCAACGCCCAGGAGGGCGCUGAGACGGAGGACGCGUGUGAGCCAUGUCCGGUGAAGACCUUCGCCAACACGUCAGGGUCCAGUGGCUGCUACGACUGCCUGGCUGGGGAGAGCGCGCAGGAGGGUUCUUCCGGCUGCUCCCCCUGCGGCGCGGGCUUCUACAGCGGACUUUCCAGCUGCGAGCAGUGUCCCACCGCGCGCUACAGCGUGUCCGCUCAGGCCUCGUGCUCGCAGUGCGAGGCAGGCUACGUGGUGAACGAGCUCCGCACGGGGUGCGUGCCAUGCGAACAGGGCCAAUACUCGGAUUCCCAGGGCGCCGAGGAGCCGACGAGGGCGGCUUAG